AUGGCCGAACUUGCGACAAGCCUCUGCUCGCCAGAACCAGUGGACGACAGCGAGCAGAAUGGUGCUCUUGUCAAUACCUUGUCGCCAACGAAUGAGGUAGUGAACAUACCCGCAGCUGGAAAGGUGUUUUUGAGUAAGAAAGACAAGAAGAAGAAGAAGAAGAUUAAGGAGAAGCUAUUGGCAAUACAGCCUCCUUACGUUAAUGGCCAAGAAGCUAUAUUUGCAGAAGAGCCCUUGAUGAUUGAGCCAGUCACAGCGGCUGAAGAUCAAGAACCGUUAAUCGCUGCGCCUGACGACAUCCCAGAAGCCACACUGCCAAAUGAAGAUCCAGUUCCAGUAGCAGAGGGCGCUCAUGGGCCAUCAUCUGAUUCUCCUCAUCCCGAGCACAUUAACAGUGCCACGGAGAGUGAGAUAUCGCCACAAGUGCCUGAGCCACAGGAGCUCAUCUAUCUUCCAUUCAGUGCCCAGCAUAAGCUCAUGAUGCAUUUGCAGGAGCGCCUCGAGACCAUGUGCUUUUCUUUUGCCCAGCGCGCCCUCCCGCAUGCUCUGGAAAGUCGCGGUUGGGAUUGUCCAGAAAUGGUCCAGUUGCAUCUCUGGAUGAAAGACCCUGUUUUCCAGCACUACAUGGAGCAGAAUGUGCCUGACAUGGAGCGCCGCCAUAAAAUGACGAGUUUCGUUAUCGAGAUCCGGCGAUGCGCUGUUAACCGCAAGCAGAUUGAUACGACUGUGCUGGAGGCUCUCAUCUCAUCCGCUCUGGAACUAGCCAAAGUUCUUGAGGAGCAAGGUUCGGUCAAUGAACUUGAGCAGUUGAGAGACAGUGUCCUACAAACAACUGAUCGCCUUGCGGAGGAAACCCAGAUACUGCAGAACAGAUGCGAGGCGAAGCUCCAGGAGAUCACUGCUGCUCGCGCGAGGUUGGAUGCCAUGGAGGAGAAGGCCAAAGCCGCGCUUUCAAGGAAGCUGGAGCAAAGUCGCUCUAUGGCAAAUGGCAGAAUCAUUAUGUUUGUACGCGAGGCGGAAUGCGCAACCCCAAAGGUAGCUCUGCCUGGGGGGUCAGCAUCUUGUCUUGAUUGGAUGAACGAUCUUGAGAGUAGCUUGGCUCUGGGCGAGGAUGAUCGUGAAGACUUUGUUGGUUAG